UUUUCCCUGAACUUCCUCGUGCUGUCAGACUGCUUCCGGUCCGUCAGCUGUGCGUGUGUGUGUGUGUGUGUGUGCAGUUUGUUCGGGUCAGCUGGAGUCAGUAGUUUUACUGUUUAAGGAAACUUUAUUGAAACUCAUAAACAGCUUCCGGGAUGCACGCGCUGCUGCGGCGGGUCGGAACGUGGAGAGGUUUCCAUGUGACGGUCCCCGUGGCGACCUUCGACCUGAGGAAAGUUGAAUUAACGCCUCUGGAGCAGCGAAAGCUCACCUUCGACUCCCACGCCAUGGUGACGGAGCUGCAGAGCAGCGGUCUGGAGAAGCGGCAGGCGGAGCUCGUCGUUUCAGCUCUGGUCACCCUGACGACGGCCAACAUGGACAUCGUGUACAGAGACAUGGUGACCAGAUCCCACCAGGAAAUCGCCGUGCAGCAGAUCAUGGCUCACCUGGACUCCAUCAGGAAGGACAUGGUGAUCCUGGAGAAGAGCGAGUUCGCCAACCUUCGAUCUGAGAACUCGAAAAUGAAGCGAGAGCUGGAGCAGCUACACAGCAGACUGAAGGAGGAGAGUCAGAAAGUCCGAGCAGAAACCAAACUGGACAUCAACCUGGAGAGCAGCAGGGUCUCCGACAUGUUUACUGAACAGGAGAAGAAGCUGAUGGAGGCCAGCACAGAGUUCCAUCACAAGAAAGCCGACCUCGAACACGACAACAUGGAGAUCAACAAGAAGAUGGACCUGCAGGUGGCCUCGCUCAAGACGGUCCUGGAGUCUCUCAAACUGGAGACGAUCCGCUACCUGGCAGCGACGGUGUUCUCCUGCCUGGCCAUCGCUCUGGGAGUCUACCGGCUGUGGAGGUGAAGAUCCGCAAACUGCUGAACUCGUCUUUAUACGCGACGCAAAGUACUUCAGUUUAGCUGCGGAGGACACGGAGUGACCGGGACAUCGCUGCUGCUGCUGCUGCUGCAUGUUUAAAGCAACUUCAACCAACUUCAGUUCAUCUCCACUGAGUUUUACUUCAGUCUUGCAUUUAAAAUCGUACUUAAGUAGAAGUACGUAAGUAUUAUCAGCUAAAUGUACUCAUGUGCUCAGUAAACACUAGAGGGCUACCACACUUACUCAAGUACUGUACGUAAGUACAGAGUUUAGGUAUUUGUACUUUUUCUUUCCAUUUAAUGCUACUUUAUACUUUUAUAUACAUUUCAGAGAGAAAUAUUCAGUGGUGGAAGAAGUACUCAGAUAAUUUCUUUAAGUGAAAAUACACCAUUGUAAAAAAAAAAAUACUCCAUUACAAGUAAACUUCAGCGUCAUGUAGUUAAAGUAUCAGCUAAUAAUACUUCUGUACUUUUACUUAAGUAGGAUUUUUACUUGUAAACGAGUACUUUUACAUUGUGGUAUUGCUACUUUUACUUAAGUAAAGGAUCUGAGUGCUUCUCUGAAAUGUAGUGGAGUAGAAACGUAACGGAAAUACUCAAAAGUACGAGUACCUGAACCGACCCUUUAAAAGAACAAACGCUUUUAUAUUUGAUGCUUUUAUGUAACUCGCGCUGCUUUGGAAACUGAUUUUAGUCAGAACAAGAAAAUGUUUUUUAAUGAUGUUCACUUGUUUUCUUUGAUAGUUUCAUUAUUGAUCAGCAGUUUGAAACGUAAAAGCUUCAGAGUGAAGCAACGUCUGGAGCUUCCUGACGUCAGUUGACUGAAACUACGAGAUCAUUUAUCCGAAACAUGUCGAAUAUAAAGCAGCCGAACGUGUUUGUUUCGCUGCUGGACUGCAGACGAUGUCUGCGACCGUCACAAAUAAAGAUUUUAAAAACUGCA